GGUUGAGUGGCUCGCGCCGGGGGCCGCGGGGAGGGAGCGCGCCCCCGCCCCCUCCCGGGCCGCGGCUCCCGCAGCGCGCCGCCGGGCCCCGCUUCCCGUCGGCCCCGCGGGCAGGCUCUGGGGUUCUCCUUGGUCCCCCCCGCUCCCAGGCCGGGGCCACAGGUGUGAUGGCCGGCUCCCACGUGGACAUGGCGCCAGCAUCCACCACGGAGGGAACUGGGGAGAAGCCAGGCCCCACUGCCCCAGCACCCACCCCUGCUGCCCAGUAUGAGUGCGGGGAGUGCGGCAAGUCGUUCCGGUGGUCAUCUCGGCUCCUGCACCAUCAGCGCACGCACACGGGAGAACGGCCCUACAAGUGCCCGGACUGCCCCAAAGCCUUCAAGGGUUCCUCGGCUCUCCUCUACCACCAGCGGGGCCACACAGGCGAGCGGCCCUAUCAGUGCCCCGACUGCCCCAAAGCCUUCAAGCGCUCCUCCCUGCUGCAGAUCCACCGCAGCGUGCACACGGGCCUGCGGGCCUUCACCUGCGGCCAGUGUGGCCUGGCUUUCAAGUGGUCCUCCCACUACCAGUACCACCUGCGACAGCACACGGGCGAGCGGCCCUACCCGUGCCCCGACUGCCCCAAGGCUUUCAAGAACUCGUCCAGCUUGCGGCGCCACCGGCACGUGCACACCGGGGAACGCCCUUACACCUGUGGCAUUUGCGGCAAGAGCUUCACGCAGAGUACCAACCUGCGCCAGCACCAGCGCGUGCACACGGGGGCGCCCUUUCGCUGUCCGCUCUGUCCCAAGACCUUCACCCACUCCUCCAAUCUGCUGCUGCACCAUCGCACCCACGGCCCCGCCCCCGGCCCCGCCCCCACCCCUGCAGGGGAGACCAGCGGAGCCAGCGCCAAGGUCCUGGUCUCCGACGCCUACCUGCAGCGCAGCCCGCCUGCACCCCAGGCCCCGCCGCCCCCGCCGCCGCCCCCGCCCGUGGUGCCCGAGCUCUUCCUGGCUGCCGCCGAGACCACGGUGGAGCUGGUGUACCGCUGCGACGGCUGCGAGCAGGGCUUCAGCAGCGAGGAGCUGCUCCUGGAGCACCAGCCAUGCCCGGGGCCCGCCGGGGCUGCCCAGCCCCCGGAUACGCCGCCGGCCGAGCUGCCCCAAGCCGACCCCCCUCUGCCGCAGCCCCCGCCUGCCGCCGCGGGCCCCCCCAACUUUGCUUGCCUCCCUUGCGGGAAGUCCUUCCGGACCGUGGCCGGCCUGUCCCGCCACCAGCACAGCCACGGCGGGGCCAGUGGACAGGCCUUCCGCUGUGGCAGCUGUGAUGGCGCCUUCCCGCAGCUGGCGAGCCUGUUGGCUCACCAGCAGUGCCAUGUGGAGGAGGCGGCGGCAGGACGGCCGCCCCCUCAGGCUGAGGCCGCCGAGGUCACCUGUCCCCAGGAGCCUCUAGCCCCGGCCACCCCUGCUCCCCCUCCACCCCCACCCGCCCCCGUUUCCGCAGAGCGGCCCUACAAAUGUGCUGAGUGUGGCAAGGCCUUCAAGGGUUCUUCCGGGCUGCGCUACCACUUGCGGGACCACACAGGCGAGCGGCCCUACCAGUGCGGGGAGUGCGGCAAAGCCUUCAAGCGCUCCUCCCUGCUGGCCAUCCACCAGCGCGUGCACACGGGCCUGCGGGCCUUCACCUGCGGCCAGUGUGGCCUCACCUUCAAGUGGUCCUCCCACUACCAGUACCACCUGCGACUGCACUCGGGCGAGCGGCCCUACGCCUGCAACGAGUGUGGCAAAGCCUUCCGUAACACCUCGUGCCUGCGGCGCCACCGGCACGUGCACACCGGCGAGCGGCCCCACGCCUGCAGCGUGUGUGGCAAGAGCUUCGCACAGACGUCCAACCUGCGGCAGCACCAGCGCGUGCACACGGGCGAGCGACCCUUCCGCUGCCCGCUUUGCCCCAAGACCUUCACGCACUCCUCCAACCUGCUGCUGCACCAGCGCACCCAUUCGGCUGAGCGUCCUUUUGCCUGUCCCAUUUGCGGCCGGGGCUUUGUCAUGGCCGCCUAUCUGCAGCGGCAUCUGAGGACGCACACCCCAGCCACAGCAGCUCCGGGCACCACCGGCCCUGCGGCCCACAGCCCCUGCCCAUUGGCCGCAGCUCCAACUCCACUGGCGGCCCAAGAUGUUCAUGUUCUCCCCCACCUGCAGGCCACACUUUCCCUUGAAGUAGCUGGGACCACAGCCCAGGCUACGCCCCCGGGCCCGGUGGUCCCCAACUCCCAGACAUUUCUCCUGGUGCAGACUGCCCAGGGUCUCCAACUGAUCCCUAGCAGUGUCCAGCCCCCUACCCCUCCUCCACCGCCUCCACCUCCCAAGCUCAUUCUGUUGCCUCCUGCCAAUGGGGGUAUGGGCAAUGGUGCUGCAAAGCAGGGCCCGAGGGCCGUGGCGAAAGCGGGACAGGGGGCAGGCGUGGUGUGGUUCCCAGGCCCAAGUGGCCUGGGGAUGCAGGGAGGCGGCAACGCAGGCGCUAGCGGGGGAGGGCAGAGCCUCAUUGUUCUGCAGAAUGUGGGGAGUGGGGAGACAGGGCCACAGGAAGUGAGUGGGGUUCAGCUUCAGCCAGCGCAGGAAGUGGCCACGGUCCAGCUCCAGCCUGCACAGGAAGUGACCACGGUCCAGCUCCAACCAGCACAGGAGGUGACUACAGUCCAGCUCCAGCCCCUGACAGGCCAAGUCUCCAAUUCCAGUGGCGGAGCUGUGGCUACAGACACUCCAAACCUGCUGGUGGUUCAGAGUGGCACUGCUGACGAGCUGCUCACCGGCCCUGGACCUGGGGAGGUGGGGGACGGCGAGGCCAGCGCCAGCGUGGUCCAGGAUGUCGUGUUUGAAACGCUGCAGACAGAGGAGGGACUGCAGAGUGUGCUGGUGCUGAGUGGAGCCGACGGCGAGCAGACCAGGCUGUGUGUGCAGGAGGUGGAGACCCUGUCCCCUGGGCUGACGGAGCCGGCUGCCACUGGCCCAGCAGGACAGAAACUCCUCAUCAUUCGGAGCGCUCCAGCUACCGAUGUUCUGGAAAGCAGCGGCGCCGCAGGAGGCGCCACCACGACGACACUGCAGCUCCUGGCCCCGCCAGCACCUGGCCCGGUCUCGGCCCCCGUGGGGGUGCCCGUAGCUCCCACCUCCCAGAUGGUACAAGUGGUCCCUGCAGUGGCUGGCCCGGGGGUCCUGGCCCCGCAGAGUGUGCCCUCUAUCCAGAUUGUGCAGACUCUGCCUGCAGUCCAGUUGGUACACACGUUUUGAGAGAGCCACUGGUACCUCUGUCUGCCACAGACGUCCUCCCCACCCCCGCAACCACUGUUCUCCUCAGCUGGGCUGGGGUCAGCUCGGGAGUCGGGGGCCGCUGGCUGGGCUCGCUAAUAAAGACAGAGUCUCUUCUUGGUUUUGUCUUCAUGGGGGAAAGGAUAGUCGUGGGCACAGCUCCUGCCUAGGACCUGGAGGUUCUCAUUCUUCCCUCGGGCUCUGCGGUGCGGAGGCUAACUGCUUCUUCAGGGUGCGGAUCGGUUCCCCCGGCCUCUCAAUUCGUAGUUAAAGGGUUUUCUUGUGUUGGGGGGGGUGCACCUGUGGAGGUCACAGACUUUGCGGGAGUCUGCCGUGGGACUUUCAUUUGGCAAGCUCUUUUACUCUCUGAGCUAUUUCUCUGGCUCUUUGCCAUCUUUUAAAGGUGUGUGUGUGUGUGUGUGUGUGUGUGUGUACCCGCGCGUGUCACUAUAGUCAUUAUACCAGGGAGGAUUAGGGAUCAAAUUCCAGAUGCUUCUUCCCCGUAAGUUUGCCUCGCCUGAAAGGUAGAGGGAUAUUAUUGAUCCAAACGAUACCCCAGGUGCCACUGGGUUGAGAUACAGGUCCCUGCGGAUGGGGAUGCUCAGUACUGCCCCCGCUCCUUCCCUCAAAGACCCAGCCAGCACCAAUGAGACUAGGUUGCUAGCAAAGCCGCCUCCUCCUGAUGCUCAGGUCGCUUAGCAACGAAGGACCGGCAAGAAAGGCGCUGUGCUAACCCUCCACAGGCAGGC